AUGCGUAUCGUAUUUGCAGUACUUUUACUAUGCAUUGCUUUUGCCGCUAGUUAUCCAUCGCAUCAAGAUGCUGACGAUGAAGUAGCAAACAGCGAACUUGAAUUAGAGCUUCGAUCAAUUUUAGAUCAACUUACUGAAGAACGCGAAAUAGAAUCGUCAGAUGAAGAUGACGACGAGGAAAAUGCCGUAUUCAGCAAACGACAAGGCGGUCAUAAUGUAGUUGAUAAACAAUCGAAAUGCGAAAUCCAAUGUAUUCAUUCUGAACGCCAUCCAUCGCGUGGCAAAGGUAAAAGUGUCAAGGACGCUGCUAAAGUUUGUAAAAACAGAUGCAAUCUUCCUGGUAAAAAAACUCCCGGACCUCGAAGUAAACCAAAACCUGUUAGACCGAUCAAGACACGUGCAUUCAUCGAUGAAGAUGACGACAGUGUCGGUAGCGAAGAUCAAGAUGUUAAACGCCGUGAAUUCUAUGAUUACCUCAUGGAACAAAUUCAACGAAAUGCUGAUGAAUAA